UAAACCACCACAAUCUCAUUUUACUCUUCUCAUCAUCACCUUCAACUCACUCUACUCAAAACUCACUGUGAGAAAAAAUGAGCAGACCAGGUGAUUGGAACUGCAGGACAUGCAACCAUCUCAACUUCCAGAGAAGAGAAUCUUGCCAGCGAUGUGGAGAAUCAAGAUUGAUUUCUGGCGGUGCUGAUUUUGGCGCCGCCUUUAUUGGUGGAAGAGGCUCUACUUCGCCUUUUCCUUUUACCACCGGUCCUGAUGUCCGCCCUGGUGAUUGGUAUUGUACGGUUGGAAAUUGUGGAGCUCACAAUUUCGCUAGCCGGUCAAGUUGCUUCAAAUGUGGUGCACCUAAGGAUAUUGACACUUUCUCCUCUGACUCCUCCGACAUGCCACGGUUAUUGAGGUCACCAUACGGUUUUGGAGGUGGUAGUAGCGGCACCUCUACCCGCCCUGGCUGGAAAUCCGGCGAUUGGAUAUGUACCAGGUCCGGGUGUAACGAGCAUAACUUCGCAAAUAGAAUGGAGUGUUACCGAUGCAAUGGCCCGAGGGACUCUAGUACCGGAAGAUCUUCCUAUUUAUCUUGAACUUCAUGUCUCCAUCAUCUGGUUUGGUGUAGAAGAAAAGAGAAUUGAGAGAGGCUAUUUAUAUUUCCUAGAGAUAGUUUUACUUAUUUUUGGUCUCAAUCAAUCAAAUGUUACUUUCUUCAAUGGGGCGUUUAUUUUUGGUUCUUAUGAUUUUCUUGUACUAUUCAGCUAGUUAGGAAUCUUUGUUUAGGUUUGAUUUUGAGUAUGAAUGGUUGGCACUGAUCAGUGUAUUUCGGAAGUUAGUUAGCUAUCUAGCUAGCUUGCCCAUGUACUUUUUUUCAGCACCAACAAUUUAUUUAAUUAGUAUUAGUGUUGUUCGUUUUGA